GGAGAGGGUGACAUGAAAAAUAACCGUGUCGAUUUUGUAACAAACCAUGGAGCUUAACGUACAUCAGGAAUCCAAGUCUGUGGUUGAAUGGAAUCCUUUGCAGGAAAGGCUUAUUGUGGUCUCUAAUCGUCUUCCAUUUGUUCUGAAACGCGACGAGUUAACUGGAAAGAUACUAAGGAAAUCAAGUGCUGGAGGCUUAGUUACUGCCGUUGCUCCUGUUGUGGUCGGCUGUGGUGGGCGAUGGGUUGGAUGGACAGGGGAUUGCUCUUUCGGUGUAGAAGAUGAAAUCCCAGAAGCUUCUGAAGAAGAUACGACACCCACUGCUGGGUUACUGAAACAUCAGGUUGUACCCGUCCACUUGAAUCAGCAACAGUUUGACUCAUACUACAAUGGAUGUUGCAAUGGAACACUCUGGCCUCUUUUUCAUUCCAUGUCAGAUCGUGCAGUAUACUCUACUGAAUAUUGGCACGACUACAUUCAAGUUAAUCAACUUUUUGCUGAUGAAACGUUGGAAGCAAUUAAAUUAACAUCAAAGGAAGAGCCGGGAGUAGUCUCACUGGUUUGGAUUCAUGAUUACCACUUGACUUUGGUACCGUCCAUCCUACGGCAGGCAUUGAGCGAUAACAAUUUCAGCGCUCGUUUGGGUUUCUUCUUGCAUAUUCCCUUUCCACCAUGGGAUAUUUUCAGACUCUUACCGUGGGAUGAUGAAAUAUUGCUGGGAUUGCUGGGCUGCGAUAUGAUUGGGUUUCAUAUAGACGAUUAUUGCAUCAAUUUCCUAGACUGCUGUCAUCGUCGACUAGGCUGCCGCAUAGACCGAACGAAUCUGCUGGUUGAAUAUGGAAAUCGUAUCAUAAAAGUUGCUGCCCUGCCAAUCGGCAUCCCUUUUCACAGAUUCCAGCAAAUGGCGGAAGAAGCCCCACGUUUGGUAAAGGAAAAAGGACAAAAAAUUAUCUUGGGUGUCGAUCGCUUGGAUUACACGAAAGGCUUGGUUCAUCGACUGAAAGCCUUUGAACGAUUUUUGGAGAAACACCCGGAACACAUUGAAGAGGUGAUUUUCAUUCAAAUAGCGGUUCCUUCACGGACUGACGUCAAAGAAUAUCAGGAUCUCAAGGAAGAGAUGGAUCAGGUGAUUGGACGGAUCAAUGGACGUUUCUCGACCGCCAAUUGGUCGCCCAUUCGCUAUAUCUACGGCUGUGUCUCUCAGGCUGAGUUGGCUGCGUACUACCGGGACGCCUUCAUUGCCAUGGUGACACCGCUCCGGGACGGAAUGAAUCUCGUUGCCAAAGAAUUUGUGGCGUGUCAGAUAGAAGAACCGGGUGUGCUCAUCUUAUCUCCGUUUGCCGGCGCAGGUGAAACAAUGCAAGAGGCACUUCUCAUCAAUCCGUACAAAAUCGACGAUGUGGCCGAGCUAAUCUGCAGCGCGUUGGAGAUGUCCCGCGACGAGCGUGAAGUCCGGAUGAAAAACCUGCGACGUCGUGAAAAGCGGAACAACGUUGACGCUUGGGCCCAAUCAUUUCUAAAGACCAUUCGCGCUGCCACUUUAGACCAGGGAUCCGAUGCGAAAACUGGUUCCUGUUUGAUGUCGUCGGCCAUGGACGAUUACGAUGAGUAUUUGUCCAAGUACGUUGGCAACGCAGAAAAGCUGGCCCUGCUUUUGGAUUAUGAUGGAACACUAGCACCACUGGCACCGCAUCCAGAUUUGGCUAUCCUGCCCAAUGAGACGGGCAAGAUUUUACAACGACUUUGCAACUGCCCAGAUGUGUAUGUCUCCAUUAUUUCCAAUCGCAGCGUGGAUAAUGUCAAGAAGAUGGUUGGAAUCGAAAAUAUCACUUACGCUGGUAAAAAUGGUCUCGAAAUUCUUCAUCCGGAUGGCACAAAAUUCAUUUACCCACUGCCCGUCGAGUACGAAGAUAAAGUGCGCAGCCUUCUCCGCCAGCUUCAAGAAGAAGUUUGUAACGAUGGAGCUUGGGUGGAACAUAAAGGCCUUUUACUCACGUACCACUACAGCGAAACGGUCAUGCAUUUAAGGACGGGACUGAUCAAACGAGCUCGAGAGCUGAUUGAAGGCGCUGGACUGGUAUGUACCACAGCCUAUUGCGCUCUGGAAGCCAAGCCCCCAUCUCAGUGGAACAAAGGACAAGCGGCGCUUUAUAUAUUACGAACUGCGUUCGGAGUGGACUGGGAAGAACGCAUCCGCAUCGUUUACGCAGGCGACGACUUUACUGAUGAAGCGGCAAUUAAAGCUCUGAAAGGUUUAGCAGCCACCUUCCGUGUGACAUCGACAUUGGCAGUUAAAACGGCGGCGGACCGACGAUUGUCCAACAACGAUUCCGUACUACGGAUGCUAAAGUGGAUCGAAAGCCACAUGACUAAGCGUAAACCUCGCCUAUCAUCACGUUCUUCGUGCACUGUAUUGGAACAGCUGGAUGAAGUUCAGGAUUCAGCAACUAUAUAGCUCUUUCAAAACUUUGCAUUCUGUUGGUUUGUUGUGGAGAAGACAAAACAAGCAAACAGAACCAGCUCAGUUAGUAGAUAGGGAAACACAGUUCCUUUGCAUCAGCAAGAUGCUCAACAAAAAGAAUUUUUCUUCAUGGUUCUCUUCAAAAUUUGCCCUAUGUGUAUUGGCUUGAAAGAAGAAAAUCAAUGAAAAAACAAGGAAAAAGAAAA